AAAACACUUACGCUCUACUUGCAAAUGCAGCGUGGCACGCUGGAUGCUGGUGCGCUCAGAAUAGGAGAUGGCGAGUCCAUUUCAAGGAGAAAUAUUUGGUUUGGUCAUGAAUUUGUUGAUGAGGAAACGAUGCAACAUGUGAGAAGCGUGGUUGUAGCAGCUGGGGUGAUGGCCGCUCUCCAGGUCGUGUCGCUUUUGCUCGCUUUACUGACGAAACAUCACUUUGAGGGGGCGCUCAUCAACUUCAUGCUUGGGAUGAUACUGCCUGGUUGCGGGUAUUGUGGUGCAACACGCACCAAUUCCGAACUGAUGUGCUGCUUUUCGUUCACAAGUCUUUUGUCCGCGAUUUCCCAAAUGCUGCUGAUGCUAAAUUCGCUUCUGGCUAUUUGGUUUAUCAGUGAAAACGAAGAGGUUUUUUGCGAAGCGCUGUGCCAAGUUACUGGUUGUGGCAAUCACAGCAGGAUUUGCAGCUGUCAAAUAGGCUGUGGAGAAUCGUGCUGCAGUGACUUUGCUGAGGUGUGUCACAAUGGACAGCAGCUGCUGGCACCUAUGAGCUGCAUUGACUUAGAAGCAACACUGGGCUACAAGACUCAUGUCGCAGCAACAGUGAUCAUGCUGAUAUCUCCUCUUGUCAUUGGCUUGAGCGUCUAUGCUUGGCACCAUGGCCGAAAGCUCUACGAGCGGCUGUCAGCAGGUGAGGUCUUGCUCGUGCGUGGCGAGAGAAGGAGCGAAGAUGAGGCGUUCGAAUAGUGAUCUCAGCGGAUACCAAAAGUGGUUCUGAAAUUUGGGCCACAGCGGCGACCAGGUUCCGCAGCUGUGAAAUUUCCGCAGCUGCCAUGGUUCUGAUGGUCGACGCUACCGCUACUAGAAAAUUAUUUGAUAUUAUUUGGCUCGAAGUUGAUGACCGAUCAGGAGCUUGAAGGCUGAUAUGGCUGUGUAUAAAGCUCUGCACGGCUAAACAGGCCGAAUCGCUGAAUCUGACUGUGUUCACAAGCGGCAAAAC